UGGGGCCUCCGAUAUAUUCCUUGUCAAACAGAAAUUUGAGUCCGCAUUUUAUGCAAGCAGUUCUGGAAAAGAGGCAAUAAGAUUGCCACUUGAUGCUUUAGUUUUGUACUUCAGUGAUGUUAUUUUAUUGAAUUGACGAAGAAGUCUCACAAUGGCUAACUAUGAUGAAAGAUAUGCCUUCAUUGCUGAGUGGUAUGAUCCAAAUGCAGCACUUGUUCGAAGAUACCAGUUGCUCUUCUACCCAAAAGACCAGACACUGGAAAUGUAUGACAUAAAGAAUAGAAGAGUCUUUCUGAAGAGAUCAAAGUAUGAGUCUAUUGCAAGCAAGGACUUGUAUAUUGGAUCCAUAGUCAAUGUACACUCAAGACAGCUUUCAUUGGUUGAAUAUGGUGAUCAGUACACAAAAAAUAAACUUGCCACUGUUCAUUCAAAGACUUUGGCAAUCAUCAAACCCGAUGCCUUUGCAAGAAUGGGUGAAAUCAUCAACAUCAUACAAAGUGAAGAGUUUGUUAUUUGUCAAGCAAAGAUGGUUCAGCUCUCAAGGAGAGAAGCAAUGGAAUUUUAUGCAGAACAUGAAGGAAAACCAUUUUUUGAGGGCUUGGUAGAUUUUAUGACCAGUGGGCCAGCUGUUGCUAUGGAAUUGAUGGCGCAUGAUGCUAUUAAAAAGUGGAGAUCUUUGCUUGGGCCAACAAAUACACUAAAAGCAAGAGAGGAAGCACCUGGGUCCAUUCGCGCCAUCUUUGGAUCUGAUGGUACAAGAAACGCCUGUCAUGGUUCAGAUUCUGGUGCUUCUGCCGAAAGGGAGUCGAACUUCUUCUUUGAGUUCAAAAAAGGAAGGAAUACUGCCAUAUUUGGUGAUACUACUCUUUGUAUCAUAAAGCCGCAUGCUAUAAAAGAACAACUUGCUGGCAAAAUCAUCACAACUAUAAUGAAUUCAGAAUUCAAGAUAACCGCAUUGAAGAUGUGUCAUUUGGAGAAGGCAAAUGCAGAGGAGUUUUUGGAAAUUUACAAAGGAGUUGUCGGUGAAUACAGUGAAAUGGUGAGUGAGCUUUGCAGUGGCUCCUGCAUUGUUAUGGAGAUCUCCUACCCAGAUCAGCCGCAGGAGUUCAGAGAAUUUGUAGGACCAGCUGAUCCGGAAAUAGCGAGGCACCUAAGACCAAGAACUCUGAGAGCCCGUUUUGGUAUGGAUAAGAUAAAGAAUGCCAUCCACUGCACAGAUUUGCCAGAUGACGGACCCCUUGAGGUUGAGUACUUCUUCAAGAUAUUGGACAGUUAGUUUGAUGGCGAAAAUGGUCAACUAUAUUGUUAAGUCAAUGUAAAUAUUUCUUUGUAAAUAAGACGGUUGUCUUUUACUAUAAUUCUGUCAAAGCUUGUAGAAGAA